AUGGAAAAUGAAAUCGAUGAUGAUGAAUUGGCAGCAAUACUUGCUGAAGAUGAACAAGAAGAAGAAGAAAAGAAACAUGAAGAAUCAACAUCAAAAUUAUCGUUUUCUGAACAAGCAGAAACAACGACACCGGAACAAUUAGUUGAAUUAACAUGUUUACUUGUUGAUAAACCAAUUACAACUGAAAAAAGUCCUACAUGCAAAUUUUCUAAUAUUGAUAUGGGAGAAUUAUUUGAAAGUAAAACAUCAAAUUCAUUGCAACAAAAAUUAAAUAAACAACAAUCUUCUACAAUAACAACUUUAACAACUGGAUCAAAAACACAAUCAAUAAUUACACCAUCAGUUUAUAUUGAUCCAACAACACAUAUUCGUAUAGGUACACUUAAUUAUACACCAAAUGCAAUAAAAACAAAAUUAAAUUCAAUAAAAUUUAUUCGUUUAUAUGAAAUUGAUAAACAACCAUCACCAAUGCCAACAGAAUGGUGUACAAUGGCUGUAUUAGCUCAUAAAUCUGAUGUUAAACAAGCAAGUAAUGGUUCAACAUAUAGUAUAUGGCGUAUAACAGAUUUUAAAAUAACAAUAAAUAUGUUUUUAUUUGGUGAUGCACAUCAAUCAUUAUGGAAAACAACAUUAUCAAGUGUUUUACUUAUUUAUGAUGGUGAUACAAAAAAAUCAGGACAAUUAUCAAUAAAAUAUGAACGAAAUAUUUGUAUUCUUGGUUCAAAUCCUGAUUUAGGUCAAUGUAAAUCGAAAACAAAAUCUGGUGAACAAUGUAAAAUAUUAAUUAAUCGACAUGAAUGUGAAUAUUGUGUUACACAUGCUCAUCAAAUACAUAAAAAUAAUCAACGAAAUACAAAUAAAUUUAAUGUUGGUAAUAUGUCACGAAUGAAUUUACAAAGUACAGGUUCAUUUGUACCAAAAAAAUUUGCUAAUCUUGCUGGUAGUUAUGAUGGUGGUGGUGGUGAUGGUUCAUCAUCAUGGUCAACAAAUUCAUCUAAAUCAAAAUCAUUAAAAAAAUCGAAUGAUUCAUUGAAAACAACUGGAAAUAGUCUUAAUAAUAAAGAAAAAUCCAUGCUUGUUAUGUUAGGUAUUGAAGAUGAUCCAUUAGUAUGUGUACGAACUCAAGAAACUAAAGGUUUAGCUGAUUCAAUGGCUGAUAUUCGUGAAUUGUAUCAGGCUAAACAAGCAGCUAAUAAAGUUAAGAAAAUGAUACAAAAAGAAACAAAAAAUCGAGAUCAAGAUGAUACAAAAACUCCAAUUCGAUCGUAUCCAUUGGUUGCAUCAACAUCACCUUCACAAGAAUUAAAAAAAUCACCAAUAAGUUUAACAAUUAGUCAAACAAGUUCGACAUCUGCUAUUAAUAAGAUAUCAUCACCUAAACAAUUUGUUGAUUUAACAAAGUCAGCUAGUUCUGAAGCAAUUAAUAAUGCUAAACAACGUGCAAUUGAUAUACUUAAACAACGUCUUGCUCAUAAACAGAUUACACCAGUUAAAGGUCAAUCAUUAAUAUCUGCUGAUACAUCGUCUUCUUCUACUUCUUCUUCUCCAAAACGAUCAAAUACUGAAUUCGAUUCAAAUCUUGUAUCAAAACGUCUUAAAAUAUCAAAUAGUAAUUCUGAUUCAGUUGAACAACAACGUUUUGUUGAUAUAAUGAAUAUGAAAUCAUCUCAUUCUGAUUUAUAUAGUCAAAUGACACUUGAUGAAAUAUUUGAACGUUAUAAAAAAAAAGAAAAUAUCGAAGAAAAACUUCUUCAAAUAAUGGAACGUGAUAUAAAAGUUGUUGUUUGUCGACAAUGUCAUUAUACAGCAUAUAAACAAUCAAUAUUAUGUAAACAAAAACAACAUUAUGUUAAAAUAUGUGAAGUAAAACAAAAAUUUUUUGAAUGUAUCGAAUGUCAUAAACGUGUUUUUACUUGGUCACAAUAUCCAGCAGAAAAUUGUACACAAUGUCAUAGUUUAAAAGGUUUUCGUCGUACACCUUUAAUACGUGAACGUCAUGGAGCAAAAUUUGAAGAUGAAAUUUUAUUAUUACGUGGUGAAGAAGAAAAAUUUCUUAAUUCGUUUGUUAGUUAUGAAAAAUUACCUAGUGUUAUCGCUUGA